GAGAUCCCAAAAUCCAUCUCGACAGAUCCGACAAAUACCCUCGCGACCCCAACGAAGUCCCUUUCACCAGCUACUUCGACAAUCGCAAACAUGGCUGACGCUGACUACGAUCCCGAGGCCGCAGCUGCCCUUAAGGCGAAGAGGGCGUUCCGCAAGUUCAGCUACCGCGGUGUUGACCUCGAGCAGCUCCUCGACCUUGGCUCUGAGGAACUCCGUGACCUCGUCCACGCCCGUGCCCGCCGCAGGUUCAACCGUGGUCUCAAGCGCAAGCCCAUGGGUCUCAUCAAGAAACUUAGGAAGUCCAAGCAGGAGGCCCGCCCCAACGAAAAGCCCGAUCUUGUCAAGACUCACCUCCGUGACAUGAUCGUCGUCCCCGAGAUGAUUGGCAGCGUCAUCGGUGUCUACUCCGGAAAGGAGUUCAACCAGGUCGAAAUCAAGCCCGAGAUGGUCGGCCACUACCUCGCAGAAUUCUCCAUCUCAUACAGGCCAGUCAAGCACGGAAGGCCCGGUAUCGGUGCCACUCACUCUUCCCGUUUCAUUCCUCUCAAGUAAAGGACAGGGUCUUUGGUUGCAUGGGUUCUUUCGUGGGGCGGAUAUGUACUUGACGACCUACAACGAAUACAGGUGUUAGGUGCAUUUACACUCGAUGGCUGUGACGUACAUCAGCGGUGACAGCGAGCAUGACGAUAAGGUGUAGAUAGCACCAUCCAUGACAUUCGAGAUACCUCCAC